GUCUAAUAUAUAUAUCGACAGGAACAACAGUAGCAAAAUUUGUCGUUAGAAAAAAACAGGUCCAAGCUGGUAAAACAGGUUGAUAAUUCUCCGACGGCACCUAAAUACAACAGCCAGUUACCUGAAACUAGGUGGGUAACUCCUCGGCGACGCCGCGCCUCUUCUACACACACUGCAUCUAACAGGAAGAAAGCCUGUCAAACGGCGGUGAAUGAGCUGCUCGGUUCGGCUCUUUCUACACUCGUACCGCGACGUUUGGACGGUGGCACAGCCAACAUGCUGAUUAAAGAGUUCCGGAUUGUCCUGCCCAUCUCAGUCGAGGAGUACCAAGUGGGCCAGCUGUACACAGUAGCAGAAGCCAGUAAAAAUGAGACGGGAGGGGGAGAAGGUGUGGAGGUGCUCGUGAACGAGCCAUAUGAGCAGGAUGGGGAGAAAGGACAAUACACCCAUAAGGUCUACCACCUGCAGAGCAAAGUGCCGCAGUUUAUUCGCAUGAUUGCUCCAAAAGGUUCUCUUGAGGUGCACGAGAAGGCCUGGAAUGCAUAUCCCUACUGCCGGACAAUCCUUACGAACACCUAUAUGAAAGACAAGUUUAUGAUCAAGAUCGAGACGUGGCACAAACCUGACAUGGGGGAUCAGGAGAACGUACAUAAAGUGGAUAAAUGGGAUACAGUGGAGGUUAUUAAUAUUGACAUCGCUGAUAAAAGUGCCAUCAAUCCAAAGGACUACAAGGCAGACCAGGAUCCUGCCCUCUUUAAGUCAGAGAAGACCGGAAGAGGCCCACUGGGACCUGACUGGCAGAAAGAACUCGCCAACAACCCCAACUGUCCUCACAUGUGUGCCUACAAGCUAGUCACUGUUGAAUUCAAGUGGAUGGGACUACAGAACAAGAUGGAAAGCUUCAUUCAAAAGGUGGAAAAGCGUUUGUUUACCCACUUCCACAGGCAGCUGUUCUGCAGCAUUGACAAAUGGAUCGAACUGUCGAUGGAUGACAUUCGGCGUAUGGAAGAGGAGACAAAAAAGGAGCUGGAUAAGAUGAGAGAGACUGACGAGAUUAAAGGAAUGAGUGCUGAUGAGUGAUGUUCAAGUCAACACCCGUGACACAGAAGGACCUGACCUCAACCUGCAAGCUCACACUCCACUCAUCAAGCUGACUGGAACUACCGUGGCAUCCUAGGCAUAAUCAAGAAUACCCCCACCCCCUUUACAUCUUAAUAAAGAUUUGCUCUUAAUAAGAGCUCAUUAUUAUAAAGCAAUCGUGCAUUUUUAUGUACUACAUUUAAAUCUGACUGCGGCUGCUUUCAUUUUAGCUUUUUAUUUUAGAUGCAAGUUAAGAGAUCUGCUUAUAGGAUGAAAUAUUCUUGUUUAUGCCUAUUUCUUACAAGUUUAAAAAUAUUACAGUGAUAGUGUGGGUCCUCUUGGCAGGAGCAUAUCCAACUACUAUAGUCUGUCGGAAUUUGUUCCUCCUCUUGAUUUUGUGUAAUUUCUCAGAUUUUUUGUUCACUUUUCACAGCAAGAAAAACCUAGCAGUUUUCUGUCAACAUUUGUAAAUGUUUUUUUACUGUAAUUACCCAGCAGAAUACAUACUCCUGUUAUUUCCCAAUAUUUAGCAAAAUUGACAUUUAUCCCACAUGUUAUGCCUUCCAUUCUGCCAUGGUGGCCUGAGACAGUAAAAAUACGUAGUUAGAUUUUUUGUGACACAUGAGGGUGUUUUAAAAGAUGGUUAUCCUGGCAUCACAUGGCCAGAUUUUGGUGAGGUACUGGACACUUGUAUGUACCUUUUUAGAAUGUGGGUUUGGGUUUUAUGUCUCAAAUAACCUGAACUGGUUGCUGAUUUAAGAAUAUUUUGUCAUUGUGAGUCUAGUCAUGUGUCAAAUGCAAUAAUCUGGAGUUCUGUUUUUUGGAUUUGUGCAUUAUGUUAAAGACAUCGUUUUCCAUUUGUAUGUUAUGCAAUUAAUAUUGAGUUCUGGAAGCAGUCCAUUAAGACGAACAUAAUCACCCCAUGUUUGCACCCUAAACGUUUGACACUUCAAAAUAAAAGCAUAUUCACAAGCAUAGAUACCCUAAUGGUCAAAAUAUAGAGGAGUUUUAUUCAGCUAGUUUUUUCUGUAAUUGAAAACCAGUUAUAAAAUAGGUUUUUGCACCUACAUAUAAUUGUAGAACAUUUAAGGUCACUACAUUGUGUAUUUUUUUCCAGCCUUCAAUGUUCACUGACAAUAAAAACAUUUGGAUGAUGAUAUAUA